AUGGGCAGCACAGAUUACAGUGAAGCACAAGCCGCAAACGGAGUGCAUGCACAAGAAAAUGCAACGAAUGUCUCUCCCAUCAAGGUCAUAAUUGUUGGCGCUGGUAUUGCUGGGCUUACGGCGGCUGUCGGUCUUAGGCAACAGGGCCACCAUGUACACAUCCUCGAGCAAUCACAACUUGCAGAUGAGAUCGGUGCAGCGAUUCAUAUGAGUCCUAAUGCGAAUGGAGUCCUGCUCAAACUCGGAGUUGAUGUCUCCGAGCGGGGAGCAACUAGGUUACUUCAGGUACGUGAAAGUGAUAUUGUUAAGGAUAGAUCCGAGGAUGGGAGAAAAUUGCUCAUCAGUAGCUGGCUUCAAGCACAUCGGGGUCAUCUCCACGCCCAGCUGAAAGACAAAGCCAUAUCCUCCCAGUACGAAGGACCGCCUGCUCAACUCCAGAUUUCAUCUCGCAUCGUCGAAGUCGACGCACAGAAUGCGAAGGUCACCCUUGAGAAUGGUGAUAUUGUCCAUGGAGAUGUCCUUAUCGGUGCCGAUGGUGUCCGCUCUAUCACUCGUCGAGCCAUCGCUGGAGUCGAUUACGACAGCUUCCCAAUUGGCAAAAGUGCGUUCCGAUUCAUGGUACCUCGAGAAGCUAUUCUUGCAGACCCGGAAACGAGCACGUUGGGGAAAGACUUGGGUUCGAUGGACAUGUACUUCACCCAGGAGCAUAGGGUCAUCAUUUACCCAUGUGUCAACAACACACUUCUCAACAUCGUCUGCAUACACCCUUCACACCAAUCUAAUGCUUCGACUGAAACCUACAACACCAGCGUGUCCAAGGAGAAAGUAAUCGAAAUUUUUCAGGAGUUUAAUCCGACGCUGCUCAAAGUCUUCAAAAAAUGUGAUAGUGACUCGCUUAAGGUGUAUCCACUCUUCGAUGCUUUGACUAUGCCCACUUUCAUCAAAGAUCGUCUAGCACUCAUUGGCGAUGCCGCACAUGCAUUCACACCAUUUAUUGGCCAGGGCGGGGCUACAGCAAUCGAGGACUCUGUCUCAUUGAGCGUCGUUCUAUCCAGGGAAAUCACUGCGGCAGAAGUUCCAGAAAGAUUGGAGUUGUACAACAAAAUCCGCUAUGAACGUGCAACCAGGAUACAAGGCUACAGUCGUGAUUCAACAGGCGAUGGGGUGAAGCCUGGAGAGGAGAAAGAGGCCAGGAUGAAGGGUACGAAACAUCACCAUGACUUCAAUUUCCUUCAAGCUUUCGCUUUAGCUAACUUGAACACAGGGCGAGAACGGGCCUUCUAUGCGCUCAGCCAUAACGAAUACCAUAAUACUACACAGGCGCUUCGCGAGUAUAGGUGGUCGAAAACCAAAGGAGCAAUCUGGCGGCAGCCUACUGUCUUUGGUCCCAUGCCGGGAAUUUUACGACUUGAAUCAGUUUGCACAAGCCAAAAAGCUAAGACUAUGACUUUCAGCAUCACAUUCAAAACUAGCGGGACUUUGUUGCGGAGUCUCCUUCCCAACAAGUCCUACAGUUUUUCAACUAGAGAUACUGUCGCUCUCGCAAGUUUCAAAAUCCAAACUCGGCGGGAGGUGGAGCUUUUUGGGAACAAGCCUUUCGAACGAGUUCUUUUUGAGAUUCACGGUCUUAAUUAUACGAAACCAGAUGGCACAGUCCUGCCUGUCAAUUUUGUACCUAUCGUGUUCGAAAACUCAGCCGAUGUUAUUACCGCCAGCCGUGAGGAAUUUGGGCUUCCGAGUGUCUUUUCCGAUAUUAUGCUAGAAGACGGCCCGAACGGAUCACUGAGUGCCAUACUCUCCUGGGGAGGUGUCCAAUGGGCAAAAUUCUGGGUCAAAGAUCUUGUUGCAACUCCUGAAAAAUGGCAAACAAGCGAGUGUCUCUUGGUUCAUAGAUAUCUCUCGAAAAUUACGGACAAACCUGUCAGAGGUGAAUCUGAGAUCGAAGAAGAUAUUCUGAUCGUGGAACAGCCGACUACUGCUAGUCAUCUCCCAAAUGGCGAUAAUACUUCUAACGGCGAAGCCAAAGCAGAUAUGCGUGUUAACUUCAAGGAGUCUUCGCAAGCCGGUAUUGAGAUCACGCCUCAUAACCAGCAAGAGCUACCUACACUCCACCAUAUUGUGAGUCGUCUCGCUGAGCUUCCUGUAUUCGGCAUUGUGAGCGCAAAAAUGUGGGUGGAGGAGAGCUCGAAAACUGUCUCGAAGGCUUUUAAAAUUAGCUGA